CUAACCCUGAAAAUGCCCGCAUUCUCCGCUAGCUGGCGAUAGUUAAAUGUUUUCGUUUGCUGCCACUUCCUGACACAAGAAGAAGAUGCAGGAUGAUGGCUCCCGACACCAGUGACGACGUGCCUUCAUGCGCUUGUAAAGGUGUCCGCCGGUGUCUCGUCUGCGAAGGGUUGAAAGAGAAAGUACAGCCGGAGGCGAGUGAAUCAAAGAUUGUCCAUCAUUUCCUCUACGAUCCUCAGUCGAGGCUCGCUGUUGGAAAAGAUGCCCAGGCUGCAUCCUUCCCCUUUUCUGGGGUCUUCCUGUGGGAGAACUUCAUAUCAGAAGAGGAAGAGAAGGAGCUUAUAUGUGCGAUGGACCAGGAUGUGUGGAAGGAGUCGCAGUCCGGUCGAAGAAAACAGGACUUUGGCCCGAAGGUGAACUUCAAGAAAAGGAAAGUGCGUGUGGGUGGCUUCAGUGGACUCCCUGCUUUGAGCCAUAAACUUGUGCUUCGGAUGUAUCAGGAAUCAGCUCUAGCCGGCUUCCAGCCAGUGGAGCAGUGCAACCUGGAUUAUCAUCCUGAGCGAGGUGCAGCCAUCGAUCCACACUUAGACGAUUCUUGGCUGUGGGGGGAGCGCUUAGUCACCAUUAACAUGUUGUCAGACACUACACUCACCAUGUCUCUGGAGCAGGGUCUGCCAGAGCUGGGACUAACAGGGGAGGUCCAUGUAGCUGUGAACCUUCCUCGCAGAUGUUUAGUAGUUUUAUACGGCGAGGCACGGCAUAAAUGGAAACACGCCAUUCACAGGAAGGACAUUCAUGUACGUAGAGUCUGCAGCACCUACAGAGAGCUAUCUGCAGAGUUCCUGCCUGGAGGGCAGCAGGCAGACCUCGGAGCCCAGCUGUUGAAUAUCGCCUUGAACUUCCAAGGCUCUCCAGUUUAAUCUAAUUUGAUGGAUCCAGAGGGAGCUGCAAUCUAAAUCACUUGGACUUGUCUUAAACUGUAAAGAUGUGUCCUUUGGACACCCUAGGGCUUGUUUGCUGGAUCUGUGCCAGCUCCCCAAAUAGUGAGCAGUGCUCACGAGGCUUGUGUGCAUUAAUUAGUUGAACAUCUGCUGUGGUGCGAAGCCAAGCUGAAGUCGAAUUGCUUUGGAAAAAAUGUUGGGGGGAAAUUGUGUUAAAAUAGCUCCAAUGUCAUUAUAUUAUUCCACCCCCACCCUCAGUGUUCUUUUUGUUUUAUGACAAAUGGAGAGAAUAAAGCAAUUUUUCCACGCACAGGGCGAUCCGUGGUAACUCGCUAAUGGAGAUUUGCCGCGUUAAUGUGGUUAUGAUGUUAACGUCAUUUUAACGAGAUUAACGCUGACAGCACUAAUAUAAAUAUAUGUUUGUGUGUGUGUGUGUGUGUGUGUGUGUGUGUGUGCAGAGAGACUGACACAAACCUAAUCUUUGACUUUGUGAUGAUAAGAACAAAUCUUUGAUGAUAAAUUGAAUAGAGAAUUAUACACGUGUUGGGAUUGAGGCUUUUUUUUUCUCUUUCAGAACUGCAAUUAUAAUUGUUAAGAUAAACAUUUAACAGUAAAAUAUGACUUAAAACAAAAUCAAAUCUGAUUGCAAAAGUGAAUCAAAAGAUCUGUCACCUGAAACAAUCAUGUGCAGCAGCUGCACAUAUCUGGCUUUGUUGAAUCAGCAGUGGCUGCGAGUCAUUUUUCUGAAACCCAGUUUGUCCAGUUCCCGAUGAGUUCUCAGACACAGAGUGAGAACUACAAACAGGAUGUGGCCUGCACGCUCAAAACGAACUGCCUUUACAAAGUUUUUGUGUUCAAGUCAUCUUUCUUGAAGUCAUUGUCUAUUCAAAAGAAACAGGAAAUGUGCAAUGGUGUCAAAGCUUUUAUUUUUCAGUUCUCUAAUUGUGUUUUUGAGGUUGCUGCUGUUAUCCACACAUUUAGCUUCACUGGUCACAGAUGUCUGUAUUCACAAUGGAGUCACGUCUCCAGUUCAUCCAGCUGGCAACAUAUGAAUUUGAUUAAGGACUACAAACAUGAAGACAAAACCUUUAUUGUUACUGUGUUCAGGAUGUAGCAGGAUUGGGAGUGCCGUUCCUGCUUAGUGAUUUACUUUGUGAUAUUUAAAGGAAAAAAUAAAUUAUAUUGUAAAAGAGAUAACUUUUCAAUAAAAAGCCAGGGUCAAAUGAA